AUGUCUCUCGCAAGCACCGUUUUCAUUUUCUUUCUUUCUUUCUUUCUUUCUUUCUUUCUUUCUUUCUUUCUUUCUUUCAAUUCCCUUCUUUUCUUCGCGUUACCUUCGCUUUUGUUCCUUUCUUUCUUUCUUUCUUUCUUAUUUUCCUACCUUUCUUCGUUUUCAUUCCUAACUACUUUCUUUCCAUUCUACUUUUUCUUUUAUUCAUUACUCGUUCUUUAUUUCUUCUUUUUCUCUUCAUUUUUUCCUAUUUUUCCUUCCUUUCUUUGUUUUCCUUCUCAUCCUUUUCCAUCAUUUUUUUUUUCCUUUCAGCUUAAAAUUUCCUUAAUUUCUUUUUCUUUUUAUAUUUUUUAUUCAAAUUUCUGUUUUCUUUCUCCUUUGAUAUUUCUCUGCAUUUCUUUUACAUUUUCAUUCAUUCCACUAAUGAUGUUUUUCAUUUAUUCUUCCUCUCAUCAUUUUUAUUUCUCUUCAGUAUUUUCUUCUAUUUUUGUCUCCAUUGUCAUCUCUACACUAUUAUCUUUAUUUUUCUCUCGUUCUUUUCUUUAUUUCUCAAUCUUUUCCUUUUAUUCUAAAUUUUUCCUUCCUUCAUUCCGAAUUGGUUCUAUUCUUCUUCUUUCUUAUUUCCUUCUUAACGGCCAUAACGGUGCCUCCUUCUCGCAAUUUGGUCUCUCAUACCAACCAUCGUUUUAUUUUGUACUUCAGUCAUUAUUGUCAUUUUCCUCCGUCUUUGACCAGUCAUCCUUUUCUCUGUCUGCCAAUAAUUCUGUCCAAGUUUUCUUCAUAUUACCUUCACGCCAACAAUUUCAUUCCGACUCUCCUUCACACACACAGUUUCAUUCCGACUCUCCUUCACGCCGACAACUUCAUUCCGACACUCCUUCACACACACAGUUUCAUUCCGACUCUCCUUCUCGCCGACAAUUUCAUUCCGACUCUCCUUCACACACAGUUUCAUUCCGACUCUCCUUCACGCCGACAAUUUCAUUCCGACACUCCUUCACGCCGACAACUUCAUUCCGACUCUUUACAAAUGCUCGUUUCUUUUUUUCUGACAUUUCCACAACUCUUUUCAUUCAUUUUCUUCUUCACCUUCUCGCAGUUCUUUUUCUUUAUUCUUCUUUUCGUUCUUAUUUUUCGCUCUUUUCUUUCCUCGGAUUCUCCCCUACACACACACUUUCAGAUAUUCCUUCUCUCUCUAAACUUCUUCGUCGCUAUCUUUUCAUUCUUUUUCUCUUUCUUCUCCAUACUGCUUCUCCUUAUCUUUGA